AUGGCUAGGUCAAGUGGUAGUGAUCUUCGUGCUCCAAUAUUCAAUGGUGACAAUGGUGACAACUAUGAAUUUUGGAAGAUCCGAAUGAGAACUAUUUUCAAAUCACAUGGAAUCUGGGAUCUAGUUGAAAAGGGUCUUGAAAUUCCAGAAUCGAAGGGGAAGAAGGUUGAUGCGGAAGGGUCAUCGGAAUCAGAGAAAGUAUCUUUGCUAAGGCACUGGGUAUUAUCCAAGGAGCUGUCUCGGAUAACAUUUUCCCCAGAAUCUCGAAUGAGGAGACCUCAAAGGGUGCUUGGGACAUUCUACACCAAGAAUUUCAUGGCGAUAAGCAUGUGA